UCUCUGUGCGCAUUUAAAUAGCCGCCUUGACAUAUGUCGUUCGGUCGUGCUGGAGUUAUCUGAAAGGUGAGCUCCAGCCCCAGGCAUCAGUGAGAGAGAGGAAGUAGAUUGGGGUCAAGAUGAGUCGGGACACACCCAUCCACAGCUGGCCUGGCUCCUACUACAUCAACAGCGAGAAGCGCUGGGUGAGUGGAACCCUCUGUCUGACACGGACCACCUUACGCUUCACCACCGACCAGAGCAAGGACAGCCUGGCCAGCAUACGCCUGUCACGCGUCAUGGAGCUCAAAAUGGAAUCGUCCAGUUUCAUUUUCGGCAGCCUGACCGUGCUGGAGGAGGGUAACAUUAAACACUGGUUCAGCUCUCUUCGCCCCAACCGCGUCACCGUGUACAACGUGAUUGAGCACUUCUGGAGGGAGAGGCUGCUCUCUCCCACCGAGCCCCAGGGGGCUGAGGCCCCAAUCAGUAAGGGCAGGGAGCUGAUAAGCCUGGUUUCUGGAGCCCAGAGGAGGCUGGAGGACACAGGGAAGGUCCUGAACCACCAGGGAGAGCAGUUUGACAACAUGAUGCAAGACUUGGAUAAGAUUGAGUCCAACCUGGGUGUGGCAGACAAGUUACUUUCAGAACUGGAGUGUCCAUCCUGGUGGCCCUUUGGCAAACUGCCCUGGAAGACUCAGCAGGACACCAAGAGCGAGGCUGCGGCCACUGCCAAAGCCGCGUACACCAAGGGAUCAGGCAAAGGUCACAGGGUCAUCACCAGUAUCCCGGCAAUCGUCUCCAAAGGUGGGAACUCGGACCUGAAGCCAGGCUGUCUGGUUGUGCUGGUGUCCUCUCUGGAGGUGAGAGACGCCAGCUCUCAGCUCCUCCACAGCUUUCAGAGGGAGGAGGUGGACGACAUUCGCGUGCACAACCCUUACGAGAUCAGCGUGCGACAGCGCUUCAUUGGCAAGCCCGACAUCUGCUACAGGCUCUUGUCAGCCAAGAUGGCGGAGGCUCUGGCUGUUUUAGAGAUCCAGUAUAAGAAGAAGGUGGAGUACACGGGGGAAUACGCCGCGUUUCAGGGCACCCCAGCCGCAUCGCCGUGUGGCUCAGAGGGUUUGGGCGCCUUUUGGACUGCAGGGCAGCAGUCUGGGCAGGAGCUGGACGUCCCUGUGGAGGUGCCUGUGGGGGAUCUCACUCAGGUUCAGCUCCACGUCCUGCAGCCCACUGUGACCGAGGCAGAAGCACAGGAGUUAAAACAGAUGUUGCUGCAGUUAAAGAACUUGGCUCUGGAGGCUGAGACAGAGCUGGAGAGACAGGAUGAAGCUCUGGACACGAUCACGUCCACCACUGAUCGUGCCACCAUGAACAUCGACAAACAGACUCGCCGCAUGAGAAGACUGCUGUGAUGUUCCGCCUCCCCAUAGCACUCUAUGUGGACUCCAAUUAUGCCCCAUCUCUACACCUCCUCCUGAUCAUGCUCUUGGUCCUCCUCCUGCUCCUCAGCUUCAUGAUGUUGCAUGACUCACAUUGAGAGAAAAACAUAAUGAUAUCAUAACAAUGCAUUAAUUAAGAGCACUUCUCAGCGCAUUGUCUUUUGAGAGGAAUAGAAAUACACUUGAAAUGACAUGCUUCUGGAUAUUUCCGAUGAUGUUUUUCCAGACCCCUGUAAGUAACGCACUACAUCUCAGGCUUUCCUUUCAGACCAGUUGUUAAUGUUUGCAU